AUGUCUGGACUCAAGGCCGGUGACAGCUUCCCCUCCGACGUUGUCUUCUCCUACAUCCCCUGGACCGAGGAGAAGGGCGAUAUCACCGCUUGCGGUAUCCCCAUCAACUACAACGCCUCCAAGGAGUGGGCCGACAAGAAGGUCAUCCUCUUCGCUCUUCCCGGUGCCUUCACCCCCGUCUGCUCCGCUCGCCACGUUCCCGAGUACAUCGAGCGCCUCCCCGAGAUCCGCGCGAAGGGUGUCGACGUUGUCGCCGUCCUCGCCUACAACGAUGCCUACGUCAUGAGCGCCUGGGGCAAGGCCAACCAGGUCACCAACGAUGACAUUCUCUUCCUUUCCGACCCCGAUGCCAAGUUCUCCAAGAGCAUCGGCUGGGCUGACGAGGAGGGUCGCACUGGCCGCUACGCCAUCAUCAUCGACCACGGCAAGGUCACCUACGCUGCUCGCGAGCCCGCCAAGAACCACCUUGAGUUCUCGAGCGCCGACGCUGUCAUCAAGCACCUGUAA